AAACCAAAUUCAAAUAUCUUUUGUUGAUGAUUAAGAGAGAACACAGAGAUCAAUCAUCGUCGAAAGCAUUACCACCUUUGUUAAGAAACUCGACAAAUCUUCUAUGUCUCGGUUUGUAAACCAGUCGUCUGUCGAUGAAAAUAUUGCAAUAUGUUUACAAUAUGAUUUAUCAGAAGAGACGAUAAGUGAUGAUGUUAUUGAUCGGGUGGUUCAACAACAGUAUCAAAACAAAUUGAUGUGUAACGAUGCAGCUCUUGCUUUGAAGAUUCAACAAGAAGAAGAUUAUACAGAAGCUCGUGUUAUGUCUUGCUUAGAUGAUGAUGAAGGAUUGGCAAGAACUUUGCAAGACUUGGAAGGUAAUCUGCAGAGCUGUCUAAGUGAUGAUGAGAAACUUGCUAGAUAUUUGCAACAAGAAGAUGAAUCGGCAAAUGAUACGGACGUGUGUACCCAUCAAUAUCAACCCAUGCAAGUGAAUCAUUCAUACAUACCUCAACGUGACACUCCCUCGACUAGUACAUCAUUUUCUCAAUAUGAAGAUGGUGCGAACUUCUCGGUGAGUCCUUCUAAUAUCUCCCACAAUGCUCCUGCUAAUGAGGACAUUGAUCCGGCAAAUAUGACCUAUGAGGAAAUAAAUGAAUUAGAAGAAGCUAUUGGAGAAGUCAGUAAAGGAUUGUCGCAAGAGAAGAUCUCCCGGUUGAAGACUCAUAAGUAUGGUACUAAAACCAAAACUAGGUGUUGGCUUAGGAAAAAGAAGUUUGUUGCCGAUGAUUCUCAGUGUUCAAUAUGCCUAGUGGACUAUGAGAACGGAGAUAAGAUUAUGGUAUUGCCAUGUAAUCAUAUCUACCAUAAGGAUUGCAUUUCUCAAUGGCUGAAACAAAACAAGGUAUGCUGCGUUUGCAAAGCCGAGGUUUAUCCAUGAUACUAAUUAAAUUCCGUCGGACCAUAAUGUUUAGCAGUCUAUAAUGUUCGGUUUAGACUUUCUUAAAGUUUGUUUAAACGAAAAUAAGAAUUUCUUAAAGUUAUU